CAAAGCAGCUUUACAGAUUUCCCAGCCUAACCCCCCAGUGAGCAAGCCUAAGGCGACAGAGGCAAGGAAAAAGUCCCUAGACUAAAGUGGGAAGAGACCUUGAGAGGAAUCAAGGCCCGAAAGGGGGGAGCCUAUCCUCCUCUGGCUGGCACCAGGUUAAAUUAGAAUGAACACAUAUGAGAGUCGUCUGUAUUCUAUUACAUGGUGGGAAAAGCACAAUAUUGUAUGAUAAUGUCCAACAGUGUCCCGGAAUGUUCAAUUGGUUUCCUUCAGUUGAGAUUUCUCUGGAAAGGGCUUUGUAGAGGACUUUCAAUGCAAGCUGAUGUGGCAGUGUCCGGACAACUUUCAGAAUGGUCGUCUGCAAACCGUUUUGGCUAGAUUGAACCAUAGAAAUGGCAGCAGGGCAUUCCGAGUGCUGGAGAAUUCGGGGAGUACGAACAAUGUGACCAAGCAUGAUUUUAUGGAACAUCACAGGGCUUGGUGCUGCUCCACACAGGCUGAAAAAGCGAUCUGUGGAGUGAGCCGGAUCUGGGUGUUCAGCUUGAUGCGCAGACAAAAGAUUGGCACCCGCUUGGUGGACGUUGUCAGAAACACCUUUAUGUAUGGAAGCCUCUUGACUAAAGAAGAAAUUGCAUUCUCUGAUCCUACACCAGAUGGAAAACUCUUUGCUACAAAAUACUGUGAAACACCAGCGUUUUUAGUUUAUAAUUUUAUUUAAAUGUAUACUUGUUCACAGACUACAUGACAAAAUGCUGAUAAAGAGUCCGUUUUAAUUUCUGAAACCAGUUCUUUGUAUGGCAUGUUUAGUUUUUGCUGCAAAACAUUAAACAGAGAAAAGGUAAUUUUGCAUUUAAAAUCAGUUUGUCAAUGGUUUAGUGUUUGAAUUAAAACAGCUGACAGAAUAUAGAUAUGUUUUUAGAUUGAGAACUACAGAUUGUCUUGGCUCAGUGUGAUCCUUUUGCACAAGUUUUUAAAAGAUAGAAGACUAGUUUUUUUAGCAGUUACCAUGUACAUAACGUUAAGAACAUUAGAAAAAUUGUCAUUGUUAAAAUACUGAAUUGUUU